GUGGGCACCGAGUCACCAGGUACGACAGCGGGCUCUGAGUCAAUUGGCAUGACCGCUGGCACUAAGUCAGACAUUGGAUCGUCUGACUGGACAGCGGGCAUCGGGUCACCAGGCAUCAGGUCAUUUGGCUCAACAGCGGGCACCGCGUCAUCUGGCAAGACAGUGGGCACCAAGUCACCAGGCACGACAGUGGGCUCUGAGUCAAUUGGCACGACAGCGGGCACCGGGUCAUCAGGUACCGGAUUGUCUGGCUCGACAGCGGGCAUCGGGUCACCAGGCAUCAGGUCAUUUGGCUCGCCAGCGGGCACCGCGUCAUCUGGCAAGGCAGUGGGCACCGAGUCACCAGGUACAACAGCGGGCUCUGAGUCAAUUGGCACGACAGCGGGCACCGGAUCAGGUACCGGAUCAUCUGGAUCAACAGCGGGCAUCGAGUCAACUGGC